GACCAACCAGACAAGAAAAUUCUAUGAUCUACUCUAAUUCUAAACUCAGCUAAAAAUAUUACCUGCUUCGAUUAGACUUGUACGAGGUGCGUCAGAAAGCAACGUGUAGAAUCUUAAAAGCUUUCGAAAACAAAUAUCCGGUGCUAGAUAUUAUUUUCAACAAAUAUGUGGGAAAAUCCUCGUAGUGACUAUUUUACAUAAUUCAAGCCGAUUCUAAACCUAAAUUUGACAAACAUAUCUUCAGGCCUGGCAGUAUUCUUUUGUCCUCAAUGAACUAAUACUCAUACAGGUCUUUUUAUGAAGUAUCGAUUUUUUGGUAAAAAUUGUCGUGUUUGAGUUGGACGAUGUAGUCUCUACACAAAUUGAUAGUGUAAAAACUGGACAUUCUUUAAUACGAAGGAAUCGCCAAUUGACUCGGCUAAAUUUUUGCCGGCUUCGGCGUCCAUACCAUAAAGAUGAAAUGGCGGACGAUCUUGUCUAUGUUGGUUGUAGCACUUUUGAAAAUUCAAGAGGUCGAAAGCCGAGGAAUGUUCAAAAAUGAAGAAGUUGAUGACGGUGACCGAAAAGAUUUUGAAAUCUGGCAAAGCUUUUCCACAGACAGGCGAGCUAGUUCUACUCAAAAGCAUCAUCCAGAUGUUUCGAAACGCGAACCAUCGGAUUUUAACAACAAUGAAAAAAAUGAAAACACGAAGAAAAAGAAGAUAAGGCAUUGGAACAGAAUGAAGAGAAGCCUUUCUCGAGAUCUGUACAAAAAUUUAGAGGUUGAAUUUGUGGAUUUACCGACGAAUGACCAGAUAACUGAGCUGAAUUCGUACGCUGUCAGGGAGCCCAUCAAAUCAACAACCAACCACAGCCACCUAAUAAGCCUGAUGACAGCAGUCAUGUUGAUAGUGGUACUAGUAAUCUGUCUCCACGCCCCUUGCACAUGUUUGAUGCGCAAACGCCACAAGAAUGACCUAGAAGUCGAUCUCAUUGGCUGUCCUAACCCCACUGCACGUAAAGGAAGGUGUGGAAAGUGCAUAUUUGAUAAGGCGUCCAAGAACUACGCAAGCAGAUACCGUGUCACUACCAAGAGUACUUACUCCUCAUCUAGUGCUACGAAAGAGGAACUGUUUCUUUCUCCUGACUAUCAACCACCUUGGAUGACUGACAGCAGUAAAGGCCCUUCCUCUAACCUACCAAAUCCCAAGAAAUCCAAAUCUAUAGUCCAAGCAAUACUCAAAAGAUCAAGAGAUCGGGACAAAUUUCGCUAUGAAUUCCUUGCCACGAAGUACGGCUACGAUUACCAGCAGUUCGGAAACUCGGGUAAAAGGAGUUCGGUCUACGACGAACAGGACCCGAAUUGGUACAGUCCUGGUGAAUUUUUGAACAACCAAUCCAGCUUUCGUGGUCAGAAAAAUUAUGGAAGUACAGACUUCAACAAAAUCAAUGGUGGUAGUUAUUGUCAGUGGUCACGUGACUCGCGCGGCACGCGUGACUCGGGCAAAUCGAUCAAUCAGAGCGUCGAGGAUAUAAUCAAAUUACAGCCCAAAAGGCGUCAGGUUGUUGAGCUUAAGGACUUUCCUUUAGGUUAUUCGGGAAGUUACGCAGGCGUUGAAAUGAAGAGUAAAGAAAAUGACUUGUUUGAUCCGAUCCAGGACGGUAGACACCCUUGUAAACACGCCGGCAACCCAUCUGCAAUGUCGGAGAGCAAUCUCGAUAUGUACUUCUCAAGAAUGGACAAGAAAAAUCCCAAUAGUCGUUCCGCGGAAGGCGGCGUUAAGUUUGGCCAAGGGCGGGAAAAGCCCCGUGCGACGAGCCCUAAAUCUGGCCCCAAACUGGUUCAAUUUUACCCUACGAGUUUUGAUUACAACACUAAAUUUGUUCAGAAUGAAAGGAAAAGUAAGAGUAUUGGUAAGGAAAAGGAUUGGCUAGGGGAUAGUGAUUUUGAUGAGGAAGUGUCGUCAGAUGAGGUUUUGAGUUUCGACGAAGCGGAUGAAUUUCAACCAAAGCAAGACUUCCUGUACUCACCUCAUAUGCAAGGGUAUCGACCGUGUCAUCAUCAUAAUCAAUAUUAUCCUGGUUAUUAUCCUGCCUUACUCCGUUAUCCCGACGUACCACGUCAUAUCACGCGUCCUCCGAGGGAGUACAAGACAAGAAUGCGCAGAGAUGUUGCGCGAAGUGAAUCGGAGCUUCGAAGAGCCUCAGGGUUGUUCGGUAAUCGUAUGCCACAUGACGGGCAUUCUAGACGAGGGAAUCAUGUUUCUCCAUCAGAUACAAGCCUCGACAGAAUGCAAAUUGAAAACGAGUUAGCGGCAGCUGGGCUGGUGAAGCCAAGAAAGAAGAAAACCAAAGAGUAUAAGAUGACGGUUCGUGAUAAUAGACUUGAACCUCUGGCUGGGAUCAUGUCUCCGAUGCGACCUCUUGAGAAUUCUAAAAACACUAGAGCCUGGGAUAAUACAGCGAACGAUCGGCAGGAUCAAAUCCUGGCACAAAAUACCAUGGAAAAAACAGGGCCAGACCAAAGUUAUGUAGUGAAAUUACCAUCACUGCAGCCAUCAUGCAAGGAAGACCUCGACUCUAAAGUUGCGCAUCCUCAACAUGAUAUAAAUAUAUCAAUAAAAGGAUCUAAAAGAGAACGAAUUGAACCUAACUACGACCACAAUUCUAUAGAAUUUGAUCCUCAUUAUUUAAAGAAUAGUUAUCUCCGAGAUGAACCUGUCAGGGAUACAGACAGUGAAGACGCAACGGAGAAUAUUGCGCCAUAUCUGCCUUCACAUUGCCGAGUUACUACUGGCAAUGAAGGUAAGCCAAGAGAGGAAGGCUUCCCCUCGUCACGCAGCACCACAUUAUAAGCAAAGCGAAAAGCAUUGAGGAUUGCCAUGACAAUCAUACAUAUAAAAAGAAAGAAAAAAGAGAAGAAACUGGGCAAAAAAUGUUUUUUUGGAGUUCAAGUGCGACUGAGGACACAGAAAAAGGAGCGUCACGGAAACUUUGAUAAACUGAAAAAGUUUAGUUUAACUGUAACCGGGAUACCUGUGUUAGGAUUUUUGUUAUCUGACGUGGCGGUCUCUGAUUGGAUAGUUGUUUCGUCAUCAAAAUAGACGAGAAUGUAUUUCCAUCCAUGUGGGUCAAGCAGGGGUACAGAUAGGCAAUGCUUGUUGGGAGCUAUACUGUCUAGAGCACAACAUCGGGCCAGACGGUCUACUACAGUCAAGUCGAGCUGGUGGGGAUGAUUCAUU